AUGUCCCAGCCAAAGCAAAACCGGGCUCUUGUCAUCGUCAACACCAAUUUCUGCAGCAGCGCCGGCGACGUGGUGUUUGGGACCCGGGGAGGAGCCAAGAGAGAAGCGGAGAAGCUUUCCAACGUACUCUCACGGCUCAACUACAAGGUGAAGCUGAUGCAUAACAAGACAGCCAAGGAGAUAGAAGACCUUUACCAACAAGAGCGCUGCCGCGAGCACGGGGACUACUUUGUGAGCAUCAUCUCCAGCCACGGAGAGGAGGGGGUCAUAUUCGGUUGUGACUCGGAGCCCAUUAAACUGACCCGGAUUUUCCAGAUUUUAUCGUCAGAGAAGUGCCCGGCCCUCACCAAAAUACCCAAAAUCUUCUUUAUCCAGGCUUGUCGGGGGGGAGAAUUCGACCAGGGGGUGGUUGUGGAGUGUGACAGCGGGGAGCCCAAGACAGAGUGCGAGCCAGACUGCUUCUCAGACUACCUCUCCAUCCCUCCCCAAACCGUCGUGAUGUUCGCCUGCAGCCCAGGCUACGUGGCCUUCCUCAACAUCUUCGGAUCCAUGUUCCUCCAGGCCCUCCUCAAGGUCCUGGAGGGAGAGGAACGUCACCUGGCACUCAACCGCCUCAUGACCCGCAUUAACUGGGAGGUGGCGUUUCACUGCCAGGCCAGGGGCACCUACGAGGGAUGCAAGGAGAUGCCCUGCUUCGUCACCAACCUGCUGCAGGAGGUCUUCCCCUUCUCGGCGCCCAUGAUGGAGGAGGCAGACGGUGUUUGA